AUGGAUUCUCUAUCACAAUGUCAAAUAGUUUUAUCGAAAAUUAGUGAAUUUUAUCGAAUAAAUAUAAAUGAUCCAGAUGAAAAAAUAAAAGCUGCAAUUCAAAAUCUACUUGAUUUAUGGCCUGAAGUACUUGUUUCAGCUAAUACAGCAACAGAUGAUGAAUUAUUUGCUUUAAAUGUUAGUCGAGCUGUAUUAACCCAAGUAUUUGCAAUUGUUUUAUCAAAAGAUUUUUUUAAUAAAGAUCAAUUAUUAGUUCGUCAAAUAUUUUUUUCACUCUUUAAUAUUCUCGUUGACAAUACGAGUAUAUUUCAAGAUAAUAAUUCAAUAUUUAUUGAUUCUAAUAUACGUCUUGUAAUAAAAAUGGCAAUGAGUAUAACAUCGUUUGUACAAUUUAACGAUGGUGAUCUUACGAAACCUAGUGAUCAUCAAUUAUUAAUUGCAAUACGUGAACAUAUAGAUCAAGAUUUUAAGCAUGAUAAUUUAACUGAUGUUGUUAUAUCAUUUAUUUGGAAUCUAUCAGAUAGAACAAUGUUAGUACCAAGACUUUUGAAAGCUGGUUAUGCAAAGAGUGUUGUUGAUUGGAUUUUAACUCGUGAAAUGAAAUUUACAAUUGAUAAAAUAGAUGCACCUAUACACAUUUUACAUAAUUUAGCACGACAUGAUGAUGGUAUUGAUCAACUUAAUAGUUAUGAUGCACUUGAUGUAAUUGAAGAAAUAAAAACUCAACCAGAUAUAUUUGAUGAUGUUGAUGAUAUGACAACGCAUAUUGCUAUGAUUCGUACAUUACUUUCUAAUACUAAACAGAUAAAACAUCAUUCAACAUAUUAUUCAAAUAAAACUGUAAAUAUGUUAUUACAAUUAUCUAUAAAUGCAGCUAAAAAUGAAAAUUAUCGUUACAAAGGCUCUCAUGUAUCUGAACCAUUAACUGUACUUGUUAAAUUGUUUUAUAAUAAUGAAAUAUUAGAUAAUAUACUUUGUAAAAAUGAAAUCAAACCAUCCUUAACAACAUCAUCGAUUAUUGAACUUUUUACAACAUUACUUUGUCAACUUUAUUCUAAGAUAAAUCUUGAUAAUGAUUUAUUAGAAAAUUAUACUUGUGUUGUUAUAUUAAAUCUAUUUUGGCUUAUUUCAAAUUAUGAAAAAUAUAGCUAUUUAAUUGGUGAAUGUAAAAAAUUAAUGGAUAUUGUAAAGAUUGCUGCCAAUGAUAAACAAAGUUUUAUUGAUACAUUUAUGCCACGAACAAUGAAAAGUAUUCAUCAAACAGCUAAUGAUAUUCUAAGAAAAUUUAAUAAUAAUAAUUAA